CUAACACCUUCGCCAAGCUCACCAGGAUCUGUCUCAGCUGUAGCCGAAGAACAUACGGCCUGAAAAGAAUCAUUUUGCGUCAGUUUUCCGGCUACAACAUGGAUGUGCAACCGUUACAAGAUGCCUUUUCUAGGCUGAGUCUUGACAAGGAUAAGCAUCAAGCUGCGAGCUAUUAUGAUAUCUCUGAAGUUGAAGAGGAAACAGGCAACACGUGGGCAUCUCAUAUCAUAAUCUUUUCUGUUCGGCCCAAUGCUCACAUAUCACAGUCAUUAUUUGAGCUGUACAGGCAAUAUCCAGCGAACUCCUUUGAAAUACCCAUCUAUUAUAGAGCCAUCCACUGCGAGUCACCAUCAGAGGUUCAGGGAGGCCAUCGAGCCAGGUUGUUUCCUCCUUUCAAAUAAAGCAGGUCUUCCUCUUCUUGCUGGGGGCGGUUGAGGGCUAUCGAGUGGAGAAGUUUCUCGAAGGCAUUGAAUUAGAACUUGAAAGUCUCUUUCCUCUAAAGAUACAAGAGUUUGAUCAGGCCGCUCACCAGUUAAGUCUUACCCUCGGUCGGAAGGAAUUAUUAUCAUAUUAUAGGAACGACUAUGCGUCUAUCUUAGAAGAAGACCGUCCAUUUGGGGACAACGAGUCGAAGCG